AUGCACUCACCUUUAAAUGUUUUGUUAGCUAUUACAUCAUUUUGGGAUUUACUCGUUGGAAUGUUUGCAAAUGUUCCAAUGGCGGUAGUUUUAAUUAUGUCAGUUUCAAUGAGCCAUAACUGUGUUUUGUUUUUAUUUACUAUUUUUACUUCUUAUGCAUUUGGGUUUUUAUCUUUUUUAACAGUUUGUAUGACAUCUUUUGAUCGUUAUCUUGCAGUAUUUCAACCUUUUUUCUACCAAAAAUAUGUAGAUGGAAACCCACGUUUUUACAUAAAGUGGAAUAUCAUUAUUGCUACAAUUGUCAUGCUUGUUAUUGGAUUUAGUUUUUUAACGCAAAACAAAGUUUUAUGCGAGUUAUUUAUCUUAUCUAUAUCUCCCAUACUUAUACCAGUAGUUUUAUACAUACAUACUCGAUUGCAUAUGCGAGUAAAACUAGUUAGGCGUCAAAUAUCAGUCAACAAUCCAAACGUAUAUGCAUCAAAUGAGAGAAAAAAUGAGCAUAUAGCAGAUAAAAAAAUUAAAAGCGACGCAAAAAUAAACAGAAUUUUGCCUAGUGGUUUUAUCACUUUUUUAUCUGAUUGUUAUGGUGGAAGAUGUUCAGAUAAUUUUAUAACAAAAGACAGUGGUUUUUAUGACUUGUUAGAGCGUGACGAUAAAGUCAUGGCAGAUCAUGGAUUUCAAAUCCAGGAAGAACUUUUGUUAAGAUUUUGUACUUUGAUAAUUUCACCAGGUGCUCGUCUUAAAAGUCAAAUGAUUGCAUCUGAAUGUAAAAAAACUAAAAAAUAG